GACAGAUUUACUAGUGUGUAUCUCUCGUUCCCCGCAGCAGUCAAUUUCUGCAAUGUAAUAAUCCACAGUCUGGCUCACACGCAGCUCUAGGAUCUGAAUAUUUGAUCUAUCACCUCUCGACAUCUGAGAUGUCUUUGGCUUUUUGAAGUCUGAUUUGAUUUAAGGGAGUGAAGCAGUGUGAUUGGUCGGGCCGAAGCUCUGCGUUGUGCUAGGGCACAUAACACAGUGCGUCUGCACUCAGAUAGGAACAGAACAGAACAGAAGAGUCCGAAACAGACAGACAGAGAGGAGUAGAGGCAAGCGGCGACCACAGCCUAACGGCAUCAGUGCGGAGGCAGUCCCGCACAAACUCAGCAAGGUCGGCAUAAAGUUAUCUGCUCAUCGGUCACCUACCUGCAGCCGCUCCAGAGCAGCACGGAACUCAACAGGAACAGUCUUGGAACUUUCCGAAAGCAAAAAAUAACCAACGCAAACUCUUUCUUUACUGCCCGAAGAGCUGAUAUUUCCAGAUUCGUGUGCAGUUUUGUUUGAAGUAGAGGAUGGGCAAGUUUGGAGCGCUGGUGCUUGCGUGUGUCGGGUGGACCUGUUUAACGGCGGCAUUCCCGGACCUGCUCAAGGAUCACAUCCGCGGGCUGCGGGGAAUUUCUGGCUCGGCUGAGAAUUCGACAGAGUCCUCCCGGAAGGAGAGCCCCUCCAUCCCCAAAGCUCCAGAGCAGCCCCAGGACACCAUGUCGGAGCACAUGCUGAUGCUUUAUGACAAGUAUAAUAAAGCUGGCUACCUGUUUAAGGAUGGCAACACGGUCCGCAGUUUCAAAGCUAAUCUGGGAUGGAUUGGAGGCAAACAGCUGCAGAUUUUUAACCUGACCUCGUUGGCUAAAUCAGAAGACAUUUUGUCUGCCACUUUACAUUAUUAUGUAGGUGACCUUGCGAACAACACUCGGAUGUGUCCUUACUUAAAUGGCUGCAAUCUUCGUUUUCAUAGAAAACAAGUCAACAUUGAUCUAUCCAUCUGGGUUUUUGGCAAUAAUACCAGAAUUCUACGCCGUUAUGUGAUAAGUACAUCGACGUUUUAUCGAGACUUCCUCUUUUGGCAGUGGAAAGACAUCACACGAGCAGUAAACAAUGUCAAGUCAAAUGAUAAUCUAUUGAUUGGAAUUGAGAUCACAUCAUCUGGUCCAACCAUUUGGACGCAGUUGCUUUCAAAGCUUCCUCCUUAUAUAUUGGUGUACGCGAAUGAUUCUGCAAUUUCAGAACCGGAUAGUGUGACAAGAACCCUUCAGAGAAGGCGGGGAUCCAUCGUUACCAAAAUGCAGAGUUUCGGAAUCAGCGCGGCAAAUAGGACAUUUGAACUGAGGAGGAAACGGUCCACUAACUUACUCAUGCCCUUGCAUAACAACGAGUUACCCGGAGCAGAGUAUCAAUACAAUGAGGCUGAUGCAUGGGAGACAAGGAAGCCUUAUAAAAAGCUGCUUCCUCGGCCAACAGACCAGCAGAGGAAGGGGAAACAGAGGAAGGGCAACAGGCAGAAAUCGCAAACUCUACAGUUUGAUAAACAAACAUUGAGGAAAGCAAGACGGAGACAGUGGAAUGAGCCCAGAAACUGUGCCCGCCGUUACUUGAAAGUGGAUUUUGCAGACAUUGGAUGGAGUGAGUGGAUAAUCUCUCCCAAGUCUUUUGACGCCUACUAUUGUGCAGGUGGUUGCCAAUUCCCCAUGCUAAAGUCAUUGAAACCAUCCAACCAUGCCACGAUCCAGAGCAUAGUGAGAGCAGUGGGUGUGGUUCCGGGGAUACCAGAACCAUGCUGCGUACCCGAGAAGAUGUCAUCGCUAAGCAUCUUAUUUGUUGAUGAAAACAAAAAUAUUGUGCUGAAGGUCUACCCGAACAUGACAGUGGAAUCAUGUGCUUGCAGAUAACUCCAAGGGGUGGGUGGGCUUUGAUUUUUGGGUAUGCGCUGCAGGUAUUUUUUUUUCUUUCUUUUUCAUUUUAAAUGAAAGAAGGAAGUCUUCCAAUUAAUGAGAACCAGCAGUGUCUUUGGAUGAAAGGAUCUGAAAGAUGAUUUAUCGUGUUCUAGAUAAACCCAAACACCUGCAUUAAAGAAGCAACCUUCUGAAGCAACAGCACAUGGAGGUGCCAGAGUCCUUGUGUCUAGAAUUCAGGAAUGAGAAUGGAGCUCCAUUUACUGUAGGUUUCUUUUAAGCUUUUAAAGACAAAUUGAUAGAAAUUGCCAUUGCACUUCAACAGAUACUCUUUACAGCUGAAUUAUGGUUAAUUUCACUUCUUCCACCCACCAGCUCCCACUGUCCCCCACCCCUUGCUUCCAAUUUCAGUCUGUAAUGAACAUUUUGAUUUAACCUUUUUAUUUUAUUGCAGUACCCUGUACUAUUAAAUAAUUAAGUAAUUUGAAAUGUAACACAGUUAUGUGAAUCAAUGCAAAUAUAUUAUUUGAAAAUCAAUCAAUUUAUCUUUUUAAACACCUUACAAUAGUUCACAUGUUUUUAUGUGUAAUGUAUUAUUUAAUAUUAAUUGUCCACACUUUGUAAUGCAUAUUUUGGAAAAUAUGGUAUGAUAUUCAACCAGAUUUUCACCAGGCAGGCAAGGUAAAUUAGUGCUCAAAGCAACAGGCUGGUUGCAGGAUGUUUUCUGGAGCUUUUCUGGAGAACGUACCUGCCAGGUAUAGUUGCAGCACAUCACGAAACACCCAUAAUUAUCAGAACUGCAAUGAUCUGGUCAUACCUGUUCCACUUACAAACGGACAAACAAAGCAGGAACAAUGUUACUGGUUACUUUGUUAGUUCCAUUAACUACAUUGGAUUUAAUAUGUGUAGUGUCAGUAAAGAAGAUGCAACAUUUCUCACGCCAUUUGAAAUGCCCCUCCUAAUAUUAAUCAAAAAGAAGGUAGGGAUUGUAAUACCGCAGCAACUACAAGACCUGGCCUCACGUUUAGUUCAUAAACUGGUCCCUUCAAUACAAAGCUGCAGUAACAUAGUUGCUAUAAUUGCCUCGGUGGUUACUGAAUUGUCAAAAUUGUUAGAUAUUUGUUAGUUUGGUUGGAUGUUCUAUUACUCUUGAUUAUAGCAUUAAUGUUGUGUUAACCAAGCUAAUGCAUUAUCUGCUUCACUGGAAGGUGACUGUCAGUUCCUGUGCUCCUUUUAAACUCAACAACAUCCCAGUUCUUCUGCUCUCUUUAAAGUUACAGAUUUUGCUGGAAGGUGUUAUAGAUUCUGCUUUAUAGCUCUUUAAAAACAAUUACAAGUAUGUUGGACCAUGAGUUAGAAUAACAUCAAAAAGCCCAGAAUAUCUGCCAGUUUGACCUCGCCAAUGUUCCAAGUAUAUUGGUUUUAGGGAGUUUAACUGAAAAUCUUUUAUAAUCAGUCGUACUCCAGACUAAACAUACAGACAUAGGAUUACUAUGACAAACUAUAUCCUUUAUUAAUUAUGUCUAUCAUAUGCUGCAACUUUGUCUGUUUUUGGACAGCUUUAAUUCAAUAAUAUCCAUUUUGAUGUAAGGAAGUCAUUGGAUAAAAAAUAAAGGACAUAUUUAUUUUACCAUUAAAUUUAAAUUGAAUAUGCUGGAGAAUUAAAUGUGGCUUUAAUUUAGCCACUGGUGAAACGUCUAAGUAUUUCAAAUCCGAAGUGAAGCAGUGAAGUUGGCUGCAGAUUGCCUUAAAGAUGGUAGCCAGGCUAAGGUUUACCUUUUGAAAGCAUAGCCAACAAUACCUAGUUGCAUUUUCAAAAUUAAAAAAAAUAAUAAUAUUGGCAUAGUGUAUCUUUCACUGCAAAUCUAACGAUUGACAGUAUUGCAUAAUUUCCAUAGCUUUGUUUUAAGUUUUGCUGUAUCACAUUUGGGCUGCAACUUUCUGUUAAAUCUCUUAUAUCAUUUAUUUCUUUAAUGCAAAGAUAGGUUCAAGGGAUAACAAAUUAAUAAGGUGUGAAUUAUUAGAAAACUAUGAAAUUCACUGCAUUCCAUUUGUUGGUCCAAAUAUAAAAAAUAAUUGUUUGGAAAAGUAAAGAGAAUUAGUUUGGGCCUUAUUCAGAGAUGGGCUGACAUACUAAGCAGGUCUUUGCACUGCAUGAACUUUGGAGGUGUAUAGAAAUCCUUUAUAUUGACCUAAAAGCAGGUGGAAUUAGAAUCAUUAACAUUGAUCCCUGAGAACGGAUGUUAUAGCAUCAAAAUCGAAAUAAGUAGGAAUCUAGUCCAAUUGAGGUAAUCCCUUCCUCUCUUAGAUUAUGUGUCAUCUUGAAUAUUAUUUGUGCAUAUUUUUAUUUGGUGAGUUUAACUUCCCAUUGAUUCCAAAGAUGAAUUUGAGAUCUGAUGUCAACUAUUUUUACCACUUUAUUUUAUAUCAGUAAAUAUCUUUAUUUCUUUAUAUAAAUAUACAAUAAUCGGAAAUGUUGGGAAGAAAAUAUUUAAGAAUCAUUUAAGAAAAUAAUUAUCACCCAUGUCAGUUUUCAGUUAAUUAAAAAAAAUCCAAUAUAUUUUCACUAUUUAAGUAGUUAUGUAUGUGAAUGUAUUAAGUAAUUUUAAUAUCAGUUUUGUAGAAAUACCAUAUUAGAGUUGCAACAAAAGUAAACCAAAAUAAAUUGCCAAUUGAAGAUAAAAUUAAUUGAAUAGAUGUGUUCCAUUUCCCUCCCAUCAGAUCUAGCUAUUAGUUCUUAUUAUAUUGAACCAGUAUGACUCAAAUUGCAUGCUUUCUCUUAUACUUUAAAAUACUUUUAUAUACAUGGAUUAUUAUUAUUACAAAGGCAUCUGUGAAGCAGUUUGCCUCUGUUUUAUCAAAGCUUAAGCAAAGUUGCCAAUUUAACAAAAGUGAUUCAAUUUUAAACGUGUAAUUCUUUAUUAUUAAAAAUAUCAAAGAUAAUAACAUUUCCAUUGUUAACUUUGGCUAUAGACAACAAUAUUUAAAGAGGGAUACAAUCAUAUGGUUUUGUAUUGCUUAAGCACAUUUGUAACAUUAUAUUGCAAUAUAUUUUUCAUUUCUUUGUAUUUUGGUUAGUGUGCUCUUUUGGAUAUGGUUGCAGCAGAUUUUUUAAAAAUCAAAACUUAACUCAAUUGUAAAAAAAAUCCUGUAAACAUUUAAUUGCAAUGUAAUAUUGUACAAUAGUUUUAAAAUAGUACAUAUUUGUAUAUGGAAGGAAACCUUGUUGAAAAGCUUUUUUUUUAAUUUAUUUUAUUUUUGGCUGCAAUUCUUUCCUCCUUUUUUACAGUUUCAAUGUUUAGUUGCAGUAAAGUGUAUUGAAGACAGCGGGAGGGUAAUGAUACCAUCUUUAUUUUCCUGAACACUGCAAAGCAUCUGAAAUGAAACUGUGAAGGGCACGUUACUACUGAUAUCUGAGCUUAAUUGUUUCAUAGUGUUUUAUUGCAAUAAUAGCAACCUUUCUCACAAUCUUUGAAAAUAAAUAAAUUUAGUUAUGUAAUUAACAAAAUCAUUUAUUUCUGUGUUAUGUUUCUUGGGAACCAAAUACUCAUCGAACAGAUGUAGUUUAAAAAGCUUGUUUGUUUCUUCUCAUUCUUCUAUCCUUGGAUCUAUUUUAUUUUUAAUCUUCUUACUUAGUAUAACCUGUUUCUCCAGAUGAGCUAUUUUCCAUCUUCAUUUUCACACUCCUUUGAAUGCAGUGAGAUAUGGUAAUAGGUGUCGGCCGGAUGGUAAACCGUGUAACUUGAUCCACUCAAGAUCCCCAAUUAAAAGCAGAUAUCAAGAGCAUAAGCAAGACUUGAGAUAAUAUUUCUUAACCACGUUGCAUCUCCAUUUACCUAGAUGAUCAAAUCUAAUACAGCGGUUAUAUCAAAAACCUUGAAGCAGAUAGGAUAUACGGUAUGGGUGGCGCAUAUAUUCAAAUGUGCCCACACAUUAACCUCAAGUCUUUUGUAACAUUAAAUGUAGUUUAUUUUGAUAUCAUGUUCCUCCACUGUGCAUGUGGCCUCACUCUGGCAUUGGAGGAGGCCCAGGAUCAUUAUGGCAAUAGGAAUAGGAGUAAAAAUGGUUAGCAACCGAGAGAUCAGCAGGCCUUGGCUAGUGCAAGUGUUCGGCGAAUUGGUUGCCGAGUCGAUGCUUUGUCUUGCCGAUGUAAUGGAGGCCAGAUUGAGGCCACAUGCAAACUGGAGGAACAGCAUCUCAUAUUCCACUCGGGCAGCUUACAACCCUCUCUCUUUCCGAGAUGUGUCUCAUUUCUCUCAUUAUCCCACCUCCCUUUCCCCUUCCUACAAUGUCUUUCUACCUAGACCCCUUCCUCUGGAUUAAUAUUUCACUCCUUUCCACUUAUCUCACAGCCUUUUCUCUUCUUUUCUGCCAUCUGCCAAUGAAACCUAUCCACCGAACACUUGCCAGGCUUUGUCUUGGCCCGACCUCUCCUCCAGCUUUCUUGCCACUACUACAAUUAUUCUGAAGAAGGGUCCCACAAUAAAACAUCACCCAUCCAUGUCCUCCAGACAUGUUGCUUGACCUGCAGAGUUACCCGAGCAUUUUGUGUUUUUUUAAAUAAAUAAAAGAGUACAAUGAUGUAGUGUAAAAACAAAUGGUAGAUUUCUUGUAAGGCAGUGCACUAAGACCACAUUUCUAGCAACAUCUUUCUAGUAACACGUUUUUAGAAAUAUCGAGUAUUAUCUUGGCCUGAAAAGCCCAUUGUAAUGAAGGCAGCACUGGAUCAAUGAUAUAGAGUCAGCCUGGCCUGAUGAUGCCAUUGAUGCCUUCCCCACCACUCCGUGCAGCUGCUGCAGGUCGCAUCCAAUCCAUGGGGCUUCCAGCGGCAUUUGAUCUAUGUGAUCCCCCUCUGUUGUAGGAUCUCCAGUGGCCCCGUCCACUGAUACCUCGACCUGCCAACAUUGUAAACUCAUUGUUUAUUGCCUCGUGCAGCCGCCGCUCCAGUUCCGUAUGUCGCCGUCACUCCCUUUCCAUAGCUGUCCUCAAAACCUUUAGAGCAUUUCCGAGAGCAUGGGAGGUGAGCUGAGCUGACAGCCCAUUCACCAAUCUUCACUCUCACCGUCCACUGCCAUCAUCUCACUGGGCGAACUGAUCAUCCAACCUCCUUUCAUGGUUAUCCUCCAGUGCUUUUCAAGCUGGAAAGGGUGCAUAGAAGAUUUAUGAGGAUGUUGCCAGGACUUGAGAGCCUCAGCUACAGGGAGAGGUUGAGCAGGCUUGGACUAUUCCAUGGAGCGCAGGAUGAUGAGGGGAGUCUCUUGCCCAUAGGAGAAUCAAGAACCAGAGGACAUAAGUUUAAGGUGAGAGGGGAAAGAUUUAAUAGGAACCAGAGGGGUAACUUUUUCCUUUCUUCAUUUUUAGUCUUUUAUUUGCAUAAUGAUGUGCUCCAUGCUUCCCAUUCAAACCUUCACAGGCAAUAUAAUUAUCCACUCAUUAAUACACUUCUCUUUUCCCACCAUCUCAAUAAUUGCUGCUCUAGAAUAUGAUAUUGCUGUGUAAAACGUAUUAUUGGUUCUGAUAUAUUUACUCCUGACUGAAGACAAUGAAAGGAUGGAAAGAUAGAACCUAAGAAAGAUAGACACAAAAUGCUGGAGUAACUCAGCGGAACAGGGUUGGUUUGGUUUGGGUUUGGUGAUGUUGUUUGGAGGGAAACAUUACCACCCAGAAGCUUUCCUUCUGAAAAUAUGCUAAACUGGAAAAGCUUUAAUUUGAUCAAUGUAGUAAUCUCACUCAGAGGAAGUUUUGAACAGAUAUGUGUAUCGCAUUCUAAUAGUUGGUAGUCUCAGCGUAAUUGGAGAAGUAACAGCAAACAAGGUUAUACGAAGAUAAUUAGAAAGUAAAUAUCAAAUUACAAAAGGAAUUGAAUGGAGUUUGAAGUAAUGACAGAGAUCAAAUAAGAAGGCAAAAGAAAUCCAUGAGGAUCAUCGUCAGUAAGAAUAGGAGAAGUUAGGGACAGAUUGAAGUGAAAUUUAAUGAGGCCUAUCUUUUAAAUAUUUUCUCUAACUAAGCUAUUAAUGACUUGCACAUUUAGUAUUGAGUGGAAAUGAAUUUUACAAAAAAUAUAAUGUGUUCAAUCAACCUACGAAUUAAUGAAUUAGUGCUAUACAAACGGUUAAGCUCUCUUUUCGUCUUGGUGACUGUCAGCCAAGGUUUAGUAAUUGAAUUACCUACUUCUACCACCAGAGGUCAGGAGGAACUAACCCUGCCACUACUUUAUUAAUUUAACUAGAAUUUGACCAGAAACAUUUCAGUCAGGAUUUCCCUCAUUACCUGCAUAUUUUGAUUAGUAAUAAAUAUAUU